AGCAGAGAGAGAAUUCAAAUUUCUCGGUGACUCUCUCAUUCCCCAACACCACCUCCACCGCCUCCCUAUCCGUCGCUCUCCUCCACCUCUUCCUCCUGCCACCGCCGGCGAUCACCGCCGCGCCCUCCUCGGCGGGGGGCCACUCCGGAAGCACGCGAUGAAGCUUAAGAUCAACAAGGCGUGCGACCUCGCCUCCAUCUCCGUCCUCCCUCCCCGGAGGACCAGAGGGAGCAACGGUGGCGGUGGCGGCGGGAUGAGCGCGCCUGCUGCUGCUUCCGCGGCGCAGCAGCAGGGGUCCCAGACGAUGUCGCAGAAGUCCUUCUCGCAGGGAGGCGGCGGCGGUUCGUUCUCGCAGGGCGUCGGAGCUUCCUUCUCGCAGGGCAUAGGCAGCGGAGGCGCGUCCUUCUCGCAGGGCAGCGGUGGUGGAGGCGUGGCGUUCUCUCAGGGAGGUGGAGGCGGAGGCGCGUCCUUCUCGCAGGGCAGCGGUGGUGGAGGCGCGGCGUUCUCUCAGGGAGGUGGAGGCGGAGGCGCGGCGUUCUCUCAGGGAGGUGGAAGCGGAGGCGCGGCGUUCUCUCAGGCAGGUGGAAGCGGAGGUGCGGCAUUCUCUCAGGGCGGAGGUGGCGGAGGCGCGGCCUUCUCGCAGGGCGGAGGUGGCGGAGGCGCGGCCUUCUCGCAGGGCGGUGGCAGCGCGUCGCUCUUGCACGCGCAGUCGCAGCUCUCGCAGGCCUCCCUCGACGAGAGCCUCCUCUCGCAGGCUCCCGCGCGCAGCCAGAGAUUUGCCUUGCAAGAGGACUCAUCAAAGAGGAUGUCUUCGUAUCCUGCCAGUUCAGCUUCUUCUUGUGUGCGUGACGAAUCUCAGCUGCAACUGGCAAAAAUAACAACCAACCCUAUCCAUCGCUGGAGCCCCUCUCUUCCGGAUAGCAGAUGUCAGGUUAAUGAGGAUGUUGAACGCAAAUUUCACCAUGUGGCGAGUUCAGUACAUAAGAUGGGAAUGAUACUAGACUCGGUUCAAAAUGAUGUGAUGCAGUUAAACAGAGCCAUGAAGGAGGCAUCACUAGACUCUGGGAGCAUUCAGAAAAAGUUUGUGCUCCUAGAAGACUCUCUAAAGCAAAUUCUUAAGGGACAAGAUGAUCUCAAAGCAGUCCUUGAGGAAAGCACAAAAAGAAAUCCUGACCAGCUGGCUAUUCUCAACUCCCACACCAGAAAACUGGAUGGGAUAUCCUCGCUACUUUCAGUCUUCCCAAAGCAAGUUCAAACAGAAUUGGGGCAACUGAAGGGUGAUAUCUUUAGAAUUUUUACAAAAGAGAUGGAGGGGGUCGUUAGAGCUUUCAGAUCUCUCAACAGUAGUGUGCCCGGUGCGAUGCAAAUGCUGGCAGACCAGAGCUGCACCACCAAUGCAAAAACCCCGAUGAAGCAGGCUGCGGUAGCAAAUGGAAGCCCCUUGAUGAACCACACACCAGUAGCAGAUGGAAGCUCCCUGAUGAACCAAGGACCGGUAGCAGACAGAAGGCCACAGAAGAAACCGAUGCCAGUAGCAAAUGGAAGGCCCAAGAGGAAGAAGCAACCAGAUGUAGCAAAUGGAAGGCCCCAGAGGAAGAAUCAAGCAGCAGCAGCAGCAAAUGGGAGGCUCCAGAGGAAGAAACCAACAGAAACAGCAGUAGCAAAUGGAAGGGCCCAGAGGUACCUGGCACGAGUAGCAAAUGGAAGGCCCCAGGUGAAACAAACGCAAGCAGCAGAUGGAAGGUCGCAGACGAACCAGAAACCCGAGGCAAAUGAGAAGGCGUUGAUACCAGUAACAAAAGCCGUUCCUGCGCCCGUGGUUUAUCAGCGAAAGGCGGUUGAUCUGAAACCAAAGCUGGAACAUAGGAUGGUACAGAAAUUGGCUGACCCAAGCUACAACAGGCCAGCGCUACCUAAAGAGCAAGAGUUAGCAAUUCAGAAGGUCGAUACAGAUGCGCCAAUCAACAAGGUUGUGGAUGUGGGAAGAAUGCAGGCCAUGCUGAGCAUUCUAAUCGACUCGGACGAGGAGGAGGAGGAGGAGGGGGGCGAGAUCGACUGGAGCGCCUCGUGCGUGAUCCUGAAGUUGGAAGCAGGGUGUGCGGGCGAUGAGGUGGCGGCGGAGGAGGCGGCGAGCGAGGGGGAUGCGCUGGAGAUCCUGCGGCGGGCGAGGAAGCGGCGGCGGAGGGAGGCCAACGCCAACGCCAUCGUGCUUGUCCCUGACCAACGAUGAACAGAGGCUCCUACAGCAACCCAACGGUAACACGUGGCUCCUACGUACGGUGGAUCCACACUCGACAGACAGUCAUACAGAUUACAGAGGCCGGGAGAGGUGAAAAUUUGGACGGUAUCUCACCGCGUGGUGAUGUGAUGUACAGACAGAGACACGGUACUUGUUUUCUUUUCCCCUUGCACGGUUACAGCGCCGAAAUGGAACUACUUGCUUCUAGGAUGAGCAUAUGCAAUUAUGCAUGAAUGAAUAUGCCUAGUACUACUUCGCUGUUA